AGCUUAGCCAGGGGCACGCCGCCUCGUGGAUCGCUCGCUGCUUGCUCGUUUGGGCGCGAACACACCCUGCAGGCCCGCCGCGGACCUCUAGGCAUCCAAUCGCGUAGGAACCCCUGCUCUCCUCCCAUGCGCCUUCACUCCCGCAGCCACCGCCCGCUUUCCAAAAUGGAAGGCCGGAGAGUCAGAUCCAGAAUUAGGCGCGGUAUAUGACCCUGACGCCUGCGCAGCCAUGCUCAACCACACACCGUCGCUCCUCUCUUAAUCGUCACCUUUGCCGUCGUGGUCCUUUUGGUUCCUCACUUUCCUUCGCUUGACUGCGGCUUGUCCAAGGUCGUCCAAUCUUUUCCAGAGCAACCAUUAAUUUAUAUUCUUUUCCAGGACAAUCAGUCUCUUUCUCUGGCAUUGGUCCAUCCCUUCCAACAGAUCGCAACAUAGCAUACAGGAGGCGGUCAUCAUGGUCGCCUACAGCAAGCCCCAGAGCUUGAUGAGCAUGUUGCUCACUGUUUUCGUUCUUCUCCAAGUUAGCGUUGCUUUCUCGCACAAUGCCCACUCGCACCCGGCCCACCGAUCACCAGCCGCCAUGGAGGCUCACCUUGAGGACACCCGAUCCAUGCUCAUUGCGCGUGCCGGCAAGGUCACGGUCAAGGGAGCCCCCGAUGGCCAAUACCCUCGUCUGGACAUUCGUGAACUCAAGAAGAAUGCGGAUCAGUGGAACUUGUUCCUGCUGGCCAUGGAGAGGUUCCAAAACAAACCCAAGAACGACCCCAUGUCGUACUACCAGAUUGCCGGUAUCCACGGUCGUCCUUUCGUAGCGUGGAACGGUGGUAGCCAGACCGGUGGUGGUGGUGGAUACUGCCCGCACGGCCAAAACACCUUUGGUUCCUGGCACAGGCCGUACCUUGCCAUCUAUGAGCAAGCUGUGUACCAGAACGCUCAGGAGGUGGUUGCAUCCUUCCCCAAGAACCAGCAGCAGCGAUGGAAGAAGGCUUUGACUGGUCUGCGCAUUCCCUACUACGACUGGGCUGCUGAGCCCCCGCGCGGCGAGGGUGCUAUUCCUACAUCUAUGCGUGACCAGACCGUCUCUGUGACCAAGCCUCAGGGCAAGGUCACUAUCCGCAACCCACUGUACUCGUACACUUGGGGCAACUCCCUCCCCAGUGAGAUGGGCUGGGGUCCUAGCAACGGCUUUGCAACCACUCUGCGCCGCCCUGUCCAGAACCCUACCCGCAGCAACAACAACGGUGUGAACGCCAUCUUUGGCCAGGCCCGCGUCGGCUGGCGCCAACGUGUCUUUGCUCUCUUCGCCAGCAAGCAGCCCUGGGGUUACGCCUCCACUGCCGCCUUCGGUGUCAAGACUAUCCGCAGCAACGCCGACAGCUUCGAGUCUAUUCACGACGAUAUCCACGGCACUGUCGGCGGUACUGACGGACACAUGUCUUACCUCGAUGUUGCUGCUUUCGAUCCCUUCUUCUGGUUGCACCACACCAAUAUUGACCGUCUCCUCACCAUGUACCAGCUUGUCGUACCCAACACUUACGUCGUGCCUGGAAAGGUCAACCGCAACAUGUUCCAAUGGAAGGCCGGUCAGACGAACGAUGCCAACACCCCUCUUGUUCCCUUCCAAAAGGACAACCGCGGCGCUUCUUACUCGUCCAAUGAUGUCAAGGAGACUCGCGUUCUUGGAUACUACUACCCUGAGACCCAGCAGCGCUCCGCCAAGCAGGUCAUCCAGGCUGUCAACAGGCUCUACGGUAUGGGCGAGCGCCAGAUGACCAAGCGUGACGGCGAGGAUGCGGCUCCUAUCUACGCUGGUCGUCCUUUCCAGGCCGGUGACUACGACACUGUGCUCUCUGUCGUUGGUGACAAGUACGCCAUGCCUGGAUCCUACCAGGUGCACUGCUUCCUUGGUGCCCAGCCCGCCAACGGUACUGCUCCCUCCCACCUUCCUACUGGUCUCGUCAACGGCACUGCGCCUACGACGAAGCCCAUCAACGGCACUACCGGUAAUGGCACCGCCAACUACGAGUACGGCUUCGACUCCAGCUACGUCGGCUCGCACACCUUCCUUGGCGGCUCCAUAGCUGGCACUGGCAACGGCACUGCUCCUACCCUCGUUGAGGGCUGCAUCCCGAUCACGGCCGCUCUCCAGGAGAAGCAGGCCAACGGCGAGCUCGCGUCCCUGCACCCUGACCACGUCGAGCCGUACCUCAAGGAGAACCUCAGCUACAAGAUCAUCGGUCCCAACGGCCAAGAGUUUGCCCCUGAGGAUGUUCCCAACUUCCACGUUCAGGUCAAGUCGUGCGAGGUCGAGCCCAGCACGAGCGAGGACGAGCUGCCGGGAUACAAGGAGUACAUCGAGCUCCCCCGCGCUUCUCUCCCUGCCUCCCAACCGUGGACCUACACCCCAGGCCCGCUUGACACCACGCCCGACACACCCGCCGAGUCCCCCGAAGGCUACUGUGUCAGUCAGCAGACGAUCCGCUACGUUGACCCGGCGGGCAACUUCCUCUACGAGGAGGUUACCGGCAUGUAAAUAUAGAUGUGGACUGUAUAUGUAUAGGCUACGUACAUUGGCACGAUAUGACGCGAAGGCUGCGGAAAGCAAGUGUAUUGGAGCGAGCUUCCUUUCCUGCAA